AUGGGGUAUCACUUUGACACAUUGCAGCUCCAUGCGGGCCAGGAAGACGCAGCAGAAAACGCUAAUAGUCCCAGGGCAGUGCCCAUUUAUGCUACCACAUCAUAUGUGUUUAACGAUUCCAAGCAUGGCGCCCAGCUCUUUGGUCUCGAAGCACCGGGUUUCAUAUACUCCCGUAUUAUGAACCCCACGAACGAUGUUCUGGAGAAAAGGAUUGCUGCGUUGGAAGGCGGUGCGGCAGCCCUCGCAGUAGCGUCCGGCCAGGCGGCUCAAUUAGUUGCAAUUGGCGGCCUGGCCCACGCGGGCGACAACAUUGUCUCCACAUCCUAUUUAUAUGGAGGAUCGUACAAUCAAUUCAAGGUGGCGUUCAAGCGGCUGGGGAUUGAAUGUCGUUUUGUGGAAGGGGACAACGCUGAAGAUUUUGAGGCGCGGUUUGACUCAAAGACUAAAGCCGUUUUUCUGGAGUCCAUUGGCAACCCCAAGUACAACGUUCCUGAUUUUGAAAGGAUUGUGGCGGUGGCACACAGACACGGGAUCCCAGUUGUGGUCGAUAAUACUUUUGGAGCAGGAGGCUAUUUCUGUCAGCCAAUAAAGUUCGGCGCUGAUAUAGUGACACACUCAGCCACGAAGUGGAUUGGGGGCCACGGAACUGCGAUCGGAGGUCUCGUAGUGGACUCGGGAAAAUUCCCCUGGAAGGACUACCCCGCAAAAUUUCCACAGUUCUCUGAACCUUCGGAGGGAUACCAUGGCCUAGUUCUCAACGAAGCUCUUGGCCCUCUGGCAUUUGUUGGACAUGCCAGAAUCGAGCUACUAAGAGAUCUCGGCCCUGCGUUAAGCCCAUUUGCGGCUUUCCUAUUCUUACAGGGGCUUGAAACUCUGUCUUUGAGGGCCGAAAGGCACGGGCAAAACGCACUGGCACUGGCAAAGUACCUCGAGACGUCAGCCUAUGUAUCUUGGGUGUCCUAUCCUGGCCUAGAAUCACAUGACUACCACAGUAAUGCAACCCGUUAUUUACAGAAUGGCUACGGGGGUGUUCUCUCGUUUGGCGUAAAGCCGUUGCCUGAUACGGACGAAGAAGCCGACCCAUUCAAGGCAGCAGGUGCACAAUUUGUGGAUAAUCUCAAGUUAGCAUCCAAUCUCGCCAACGUGGGGGAUUCGAAGACCCUAGUGAUUGCGCCUUACUUCACGACGCACCAACAGCUGUCAGAGUCCGAAAAGCUCGCAUCUGGGGUGACCAGGGACCUCAUACGGGUAUCUGUAGGCACCGAAUACUUGCAGGAUAUCAUAGCAGACUUUGAACAAGCGUUUUCUACCGUUUAUGGUACCCCCAAGGGCAUCGCACCCGUAGACGUCUCGGCGGACAACUCGCGUCUAGUAGAGGGCGUCCCCGACAAGAUACAGGUCUGA